AUGUGCAAGGAGCUCUACGAGCGGUGGAACGGCUGCGACUGCUGGGGGUUUCUGCGCGCCGACACGUGCCGGGGGCUGUUCAAGUCGUGCUUCGGGCCCAGCGGGGAGCAGGACAAGAAAGUGACAAGGUGGAACGACGGCAUGUGCUCCGAGUGCUGGGACCGGCUGCUGCGUGAGGCCGAGGAGAUGGCCGAGGCCGACCAGCUGGCGGAUGCGUCGGCCACGGCGUCGACUUCGUCGGGUUCGACCUCGACGAGGAGCUACUCGACGCAUAGUUGA